AUGGGUAUAAUCAGGAGGUUCUUCUCUUUUAUAGCGGGGAAUGUAGUUGGGAUAUAUGUGGCUCAGAAUUACCAAGUUCCAAACAUCAAGAAUGUAGCUGACACUUUCUUGUUAAAGGCCAAGGAAUUCGAGGAUAAAUACCGCAAACCUAACAAGAAAGGUGGUAAUGAUGGUGAUUAG